AAGUGCAUUUAAAGAACUGCUGGCAAGUAUGAAAAUGGAAGAUUACCAACAUGGAAAUCUGUCUUUACGUAAAUUUCUUCAGGUUGGAAUAGAAUGUGUUAAAGCAAUGGAUGCCUACUCCACUGAAACCUUAGCCUGGAAUUUCAUACAUAAAAUAAUUGCAUUAAAUGGAACUGCAAGAAACACAAGUGUAAUUAAUGAUAUUGAUAACACAGCCUCUGAAGAUUUUUUGGAUGAUGAUUUAGCCUGCAACAUUAUUCAUCCUUUAGAUGUUCUCUGUGUUAUUCUUCAUUGUUCAGAUCAUUUUUUGCAGCAGGAAAUAUUCACAAAGAUGUGUCUCUGCCAGUUUGCUGUCCCUUUAUUGCUCCCUGAUACCAAUGGUUCGAGCUUCACCUUCAUGCUGUGGGUAAUGAGAGACAUUGUUAAACGUUGGAGACCGGAAUCAUUAUCAGAGAGCAAGGGAUUCAGAGAAGAGAACCUGGUCCAAAUAAAAAUGCAGACAUUCUCUUUUGUAAGACUGGGGCAAAGUAAAUUAUCCAAAUCAAAAAUCUUGAAUCAGGUUCUCAGUCCGGCUCAUCUGAACCAUAACUGGUUUGUUCAUGAUAAUAUGGAAGGAGGGAAUAGUACUAGGACAGUGUCUGAUGGAGUAGUAGAAAUAGCUUGGUAUUUUCCUGCUGGUAACAAGAGCUCAGAUAUUUUCCCUGAACCCAUUGCAGUUACAAAUUUACAUGGAAACCUUGAGAGUAACAUAAAGCAAUUUGACUUUCUAACACAAAUAUCAUCAGCAGUAUUUAUUUUCAUUGAAACUAUUAAUGCAGAUCAAUGUGAAUUAUUGAUGAAGUAUAAAAAUGAAAGCACACAUUUUGUCUAUUGUCUAAUGAGGACAACAAAAGAGAAAUUGGAUGACAACACAAAAAAGAUUCUAAAGACUUUGACUUCAUUGCAGAAUAAGCCAACUGUCUUAGUGUUUAAAAAGGGAAAUACUGAAUUCAGUUUUGCUAAAACGAUUCAGUCAACGCUUAUCAAGCUGAUGCAAGACAAUUUAAAUUUUCACAGUAUAGAGGACAUGGCAGGCAUUGCACCUACACUAGGUAUCUGUAUAGAUGAGAAUGUGAAGGAAUGCCAGGAUGCAAAGGUAAAUGCAAAAGUAAUUACAGAUGAGAUAGUGGAUGUGGUUAAAUACAAGGGAGAAACUAUGAAACUGCAAGGGGAUUCACUAAAAGAACUGGCCAGAUUAGAGAAAGAAAUGUGUCAGAUGAAAAGACAAGGUAAUGUUAGUUCAGAAAACUACAAAUCCAAACUAAUCAAUAAGCACGCCACGAUACGGAAACAGCAAUAUGAUUGUGAGCUUCCAUCUGGGAUAGAGAAUUUUAUUAACGCAAUAAAGGACAAAAAUUCUGUAGAAAAGCAGUAUUUUCUAAAAUGGAUUAGGUUUUACCUUGAUUUAACAGCUAGAAAGAACCUGUCAGCUUUGCAAGCAGAGUACAAACAGGAAUAUAACUCUGCCAGCAAAGAAAUACUUUCAGUGCUGGACAAGAAGAUUUCAGACAGCUCUCUGGGAGUUGAACAUUUCUUAAGAGAGCUGAGUCAGUUUUAUGAGGCUGAAAAUUUCAAUAAUAAAGACAUUAAUAAGAGAAAAUUCAGAGAACUACCAGGGAUUGCAGCUGAUCUUUUGUUAGAUGGAUUCCCAUUGGAAUUGAUUGAUGGAGACGCCUCAAAUAUCCCUCUGCUUUGGAUAAAAGAUGUCCUUACACAGCUGGACAAAAAAACAGGCAAUAAAUGCAGAAUAAGAGCAAUUACCGUUCUUGGAGUGCAGAGCACAGGGAAAUCCACACUAUUAAAUGCUAUGUUUGGGUUACAGUUCCCUGUGGCCAAUGGACGAUGCACUCGAGGCGCCUUCAUGUCGCUUCUUAAAGUGGAAGAAAACUUUCAGAGGGAGCUGGGCUGUGAGUUUAUUCUGGUCAUUGAUACUGAAGGUUUGAAAGCUCCUGAACUGGCUUCCUUGGAUGACAGUUAUGAACAUGACAACGAGUUGGCUACACUAGUAGUUGGGUUGAGUGAUAUUACUUUAUUUAAUAUGGCCAUGGAAAACACCACUGAAAUGAAAGAAACAUUACAGAUUGUUGUGCAUGCCUUUCUUAGGAUGAAACAAGUUGGUAAAAAACCCAACUGCCAGUUUGUCCAUCAGAAUGUGAGUGACGUCUCAGCUCAUGAAAAGAACAGAAGAGACAGAAAAAGACUUCUAGAACAGUUGAAUGAAAUGACUGGAAUUGCAGCAAAUAUGGAAAAAAAAUAUACAGUAACAAAAUUUUCUGACAUCAUGGAGUAUGAUCUAGAGAAACACAACUGGUAUAUUCCUGGUUUAUGGCAUGGAGUCCCACCAAUGGCCCCGGUAAACACUGGCUACAGCAACAGCAUCAAUGAUCUUAAAAAACACUUAAUUGAAAUUAUGCAAAAAGGAAAUGCUGUUUUUAUAUCAGACUAUAUUACCUGGAUAUCAAGCUUGUGGAAUGCUGUAAAGCAUGAAAACUUUAUAUUUAGUUUUCGAAAUAGUCUAGUAGCCAAAGCCUACAACCAGCUGGCCAAGAAAUAUUCUGAACUGGAAUGGAAAUUUGAUAAAAAAAUGCUGGAAUGGUUGACUUGCACUGAAACUAUGAUCAAAAAUCAGUCCAUGAAUACACUGGAAGACAAGGUCAAACAGUGUAUCAACGAGGCUUAUUUUAUUCUCUCCAGAGAGGAAGAAAAAAUGAAAUCUGCACUUGAAGAUUUUUUUAAAAAAGAAACUGAGCUUGUACCUUUAAUAGAAAGAUACAGAGAAGAUUUCUUUAACAGUGUAAAGCACCACAAGAGAAAGCACGAAAUGAUGGCAAGGAGCAAGGCUGAAGAGGCAAUGGUUAUACAGAAAGAGAAACACAAGAUACAGCAUUUACAGGACAGCUAUAUAGAAAUUAUUGAAACAAAGGUCAGCAGCCUUCUGGAGGAGUACAGAAAAAAGAAGCAGCAACUUACUGAAAUGGAACUAAAUGAAACAUUUGACACCAUGUGGGAAAGCACCAUAUCAGAGAUGCACAUUACUCCGUUAAAGAGAUAUGAAAUUGAGAAAAAAAUGUUGGAUAUUUUAACAGAGGACAUGAAAAACAGAGGUGCAUCUGUCAAUCAAAAGUUACAAAAAACAAAAAGCCUUCCAAAAUAUGAGAGAGUUGAGAAAAACAGCUGGUCAGCACUGGCGGUGAAUGCAGUUAGAUGGAUUAGAGGUUUCAGAACUCAUAAUGUUCCUGCUAAAGAAGACAUUUUUUUAAACUCUGUGUUAGAUGAAUGUUCUAAGUAUGUUAAAAAACAGAUCAGACAGGAUGCUGACUACAAUGAUACAUACUGCCGGGAACUGCUGAAAAUAAUCAGUAAUAUGUGUGAACAGAAUGAUGGGAAGGGCUUGCAGUUACAUGCAGAGAAAGAAUUGGAUAUAAAACUCUGUGCUUUGGGAAAUGCUGCAGAACAUUUCCAAUCUAUGCACGAUAAGUUUAUCAGAAAAAAUGACCCACACCACCAUCUUGCAGCUCUGAAACCUUCGUAUUUAGCCACAUUCAUAAGCACAUUUCAAGAAAAAGAUGAAAGUUUUAACAGAGCAAAUCGUUUCUGUGAACGCUGCAUCAAGCCGGCUCUGGCCGAUCAGGUUAAUAGAAUUCUUGGAAUAAAAAUAGUAGAUGAUAUUCUGUCCAAGCAUGACUCCCGGGCAUUCAAAGACAGAACUUUCUUCCAGUAUACAUUGCUGAGUGACUUAAUACAAGAAAAAAAUGUCCAAGACUACAUAAAAUAUACACAAAAUUAUGAACAAUGUGCAAAAACCAUGAUACAGAAAUACAUUGCCAAAACAUAUGGAAAUUUUCAUUCUCUGCAAUUCCAAAUAGUGUCUGAUGCCAUCCAGAGAAUCAAAGAAGUUCUCACAGAUCCAGAAAUUCUAACAUGUGAAAGUGUGAGAGAUUUUCUAGGAAAGUUUCGUUCAAAGUUGGAUGAAGAAUUGGCUUUCAAUCAGGGUGAAAUUAAGGCAAUUGUUUUCCAAACUAAAGUACCUAUAAAAGAAUUUGCUAACAAUAUUUGCAGUUCUCUUAAUAAAAUGGAUGAAGAGUUAAGGUCAGAGAUAGAACAUGAGGAUAGUGAAUCUGUGCUUUGCAAACUGACAAUUAAGCCAGAAGAUGAAUUGUUUAAAAAGGUGAUUGGGUGCGGGAGGCAGUGCCCAUUCUGUAAGGUGCCCUGUGAGGCCGGGGCUACUAACCAUGAGAAACACUUUGCAACUAUACACCGACCUCAGGGUUUAGGAAGAUACAGGGACAGUGAAACAACAAUUCUGGUACAUGAAAUAUGUUCCACUGAUGUAGUAAGCAAUAAAUCAUUCAAGAAUUCAGAUACAGAAGGUAAAUGGCAUCCAUACAGAGAUUACUGCACUUACUACCCUGACUGGGCCAUUCAGCCUGACCCAAGCAUUGAUGCAUCUGACUACUGGAAGUUUGUUCUCAAGGAGUUUAAUGAAGAAUUUGCUAAAGAGUAUGAAGCUAAACCAGCUGAAAUACCAGACACUUGGCAUGAAAUAACAGAAGAGCAAGCUAUAGAAAGUCUUAAGAAAACCUUUAACAUGCAAUAAAAGAAAGAAAGACAAUUUGAAAUCAAAUCACUAUGUACGAUUAAAAAUAUCAUCAGAUUUGUUCAAACUGAGUCAUAUAAAUAGAUUUCUAAAACUAUCAAAGAUAAUAUUUUUGAUGAAAAAUACAUUUUUUUAAUCACAAGACUUUCCCAUCUAUAUACAACGUAAUUCAUCAAACCUACAAAUAAACCUCUACUCUGUUUUCAGAAUUGAUGUUUGUCAGUGUCAUAAAGGCCAUUGUAGGACAGAAUGAAUACAGCCAGUGAUGUUAAUUGUGAUGUUAGAUUUGUUUUUUCUACUCUAAAAUAGCAAUUCAUUAUAUAUAUUUGACUGAUGAUUGUAAUACAAAGUUAAGAAAUCUCAUUUGGUUUUUUUUUCUGUAAUUCAAUAGAUGAUUCCAAAUAUGUGAAAGAUCAAGGGUGUGCAUAUGUUAAGUACUAUUG